AUGCGAGCUGUCAAGGAAGAAGUAAGGGAUGGUAUGGAAGAAAGAAGAGACGAAAAAGCAGGUAAGGAGACGCUAUCCAGAAAGGAGAGCAGACAUCAAGAAAAAGACGAGGAUGCCGGGGACAUAACAGAGCAGCAAUCAGUUAAGGCGUCAGAAGCAGUCUACGAUGGUACAGACACUCAACAAGCAGAUGAGGAAGAAGAAGAGGGCGAUACAAGGUGCAUUUGCGGCGAAACGGAUCCACCAGAUGAGUCAGGGUUGUACAUCCAGUGCGAGGAGUGCAGCGUUUGGCAGCACGGAUUCUGUGUAGGAAUAACGGAGGGCGAAGGAAGCGCCCCGGACAAGUAUUGGUGUGAACAGUGUCGCGCAGAUCUGCACAGCUUGUACACCACGGAGGCGGGCCAACGACGCUCCGUUUACAAGCCUGCUCAGCACAGCAAACGUCAGAACAGACGAUCUAGAAAGGAUGACGAUCUAUCUCCAAAUGAGGUCGAGAGUGCCCCCAGUGGGAACGGAAGUGGGCGUGCUCCCAGCAUACCGCACGUAGCUAGCAUAGAUCCUCAGGAUGCAACCGUGAAAUUAGAAUCCCAGCAAAAAGGCGAUGUCCACCCUGAGGAUCCAAAACCUCGUAAGAAACAGCAGCGGCGCAAAGAUGCAGAUCACGAACAGAUGAUCCAUGGGAGAAGAGACUCAGAGGAAGAGCGAAGAUCUUUAGACAGACGCCGGGCCACGUCAUCUGCACGCGAGGAGAAACAAUACCAAUUGAUGCUGGAAAAGGCUCUCAAAGAAAGCAGACGUACGUCCCAGGCGGAUGACGAGCUCGAGCCCCACAUCUUCACCGAAGAAAAGAUUACUGAGGAAGCCGAGCUUGAAACCACCGUUGCAAACAAGCCGGAGCUCUUGGAAGAACCUCCCAAGAAGCGGGCAAAGCCCAACAACAAUGGCAACUCUCCACCCGGUAUUUCUAUGACCUCAUCAGAAGAGGAAAGCAAACGCAAAUCCAAACGUGGUGGCCCUCGUAAAUUAAAGAGCCGAACUUCAUCGCGUGCGUCUUCUUCGAAUGGAAACAGUUCCAACACCUCCGAGAUCGGUAUAAGCAAGCCUAUAAAACCAAGACUACCGACUCAGAGGACGAGCGUAAACGAAAUGAGACGGCGCGUUGGUGCGAUACUGGAAUUUAUUUCGAGAACUCAGUUUGAAUUGUCAGAAGAUCAAAUCGAAAAACAGAAGCUCACGGAAUUUGUCGAGAAUCAAGAUUUUGUCAAGAAGGUUGACUUGAUCUACAGCAACUUCGACGAAAGCUUAAAAAUGAUGGAUGACUUGACUAGGAAAUUGUUAGUCUGGGAGAAAAAAUAUGCUAUAGAUCAGUAA